AUGGCACGCAAAACGAAGACACUGGCUGAGCAGCUCGCCGAGCUCGACAACCCUGCUNNCCCAAGGGAGCCGCCACAGGACGACAGCGACGAGGACGUCUCGGACAACGACGACGACAACGUCGCCGCGGCGAGAGAACACUAUGUCGAUCAAGACGCCGAAAAAGGCCGCGCCGUCAAGACCCAACGCACAACCUUCGAUUCCCUCCUCAACACACGCAUCAAGCUUCAGAAAGCCUUGAUUGGCACGAACACACUCACCGGCGUCAUCUCAUACUCGACUCCCACAGAAGACACCGAAGAUGCCUUCCGCGCUGCCGAAACUGCCGCCUUCACCCUCUGGUCCACCUUGAACUCUCUCCGCGAAACCCUCGAGUCCAACCGCACAGGCCAUAAACGCAAACACGCCGCUUUCGACCUGGACACGCCAACAGAAGACCUCUGGACCCACAUGCGCAGCCAAGAACUCUCUGCCAACAGCACCCGCGUCUCCAUUCUCGAAAAGUGGAAUCAAAAAGCCAGAGGCGCUUCCGCCAUCACUCCCAAGAACAAACUGAACAACUCUUCGUCAAACCAAAGUAUUGUGGAUGUGCUGCAAGAGCAAUUACACGGUGAUCGCCUCAUCAAGCGCGCAAGAACACCACGCUCUUGUGCUCCUCUACAACUCGCUUCUUCCACCUCUACCACCUCUUCCUUUUCAGACUCCCCCACCCACAUCUACGACGACGCCGAUUUCUACGGUCUGCUGCUGCAAUCACUCCUCGAACAACGCAGCGCCGACUCCAUCGCCGCAUCCGCCUCGUCCACAAUCUCCAUCAACAGCGGCUUCCAAAUGCGCCGCGAAGCCAAGACCAANAAAAAUGUAGACACCAAAGCUUCAAAGGGAAGAAAAAUGCGGUACACGGUGCACGAAAAAUUGCAGAAUUUCAUGGCGCCAGAGGAUAGAGGGGUUUGNGGGGAGAGGGCUGCGGACGAAUUGUUUGGGAGUUUGUUUGGUAAGAGGAUGGGGUUGGGUGAGGAUGAGGAUGAGGAGGUGGAGAGUAGCAAGGAGGAGGAUGGGCGGGAUGAGGGUGAGGCGGGAUUGAUGAUGUUUAGAGCGUAA